AUGGAAUUUUACUUCUGUCAGAUCUCUUGCCCUACGCCUUUACCCUUCGGCAAUCCCAUGGUCGAUAAUUAUAAUGGGAGUUCAAGAAUCAAGUCAACGUGUUGGCCACUAGCAUGCUUCAAAGCUCACGGUCAAGGGUAUUUAACUCGUGCCAGAGUGAGUGAAGACCAUAGGCCAGAUCCUCCUCCAGAACCCUGCGAAGCAACCGUUUGUGAAAGUUCGAGUCGAGUCUGGCAGGGCCUGCGGAAAUUUACGAAGGGCAUCACCAAGAAAAUUUCCCAACGCUUCAAGUGUUCCCGCAACCACAUCUCUGCGAUCCAGAAUGUCGACCUUCAAGGUGCUUCAUCGAAUCACAAUAUCGAGGUAGUCCUUCAGUUUUUUUUCAUCAGAGGCAUCCAGGACAUGUCACAUCCGCAUCCUUUCACCGACGACAAGCAUCCCACCACAGCUGAAAAUCCCAGUGGCUCCGUCAACCAAGGCAUAUCCGGAGAACCUGUUUCGAAGGUUCCCGACAUCCCCCCUGGCGUGGAGGAAACCCCUGGUUCCAAUUCGGUUCAUGCUGCACUUCAGGGUGCCCACGAGGCUUCAGAACAUAUGAAAACACUUGGGGGACCUGCGCUAUCUGAGACAUCCGCCGUCAACAAUGCCCCAGUUCACAUACCUCCAACCCCUCAAAAUUUUCGACACUACCAUUGA